CUAUAUAAAAUAUUUAUGCCAAAAUCCAAAUAAGCAAACUUAAGGAAACAUGACUUGGUGAUCUGCAGAAAGUGAGAAUAAGCCAUGAACAUACUGAGCAAAACCCUAACUAAAACCUCAAAAUCAAACAUUUUCCUUCCUUCAAUCCCCAUUCAUCUCCAUCCAUUUUCUGCCUCCUCUCCAUACUCCACCAAACUCUCCAAUAAUGAAUCACAAACUCAAGCUCUCUCUCCAAAAAAGAGCAAAAAUUUGGAGAGACCAAGCGAAAUUCUGUUUCAACCAAAAGUCGCUAAUUGGUUGAGUUUGAUUGGGACUGUUAAAAUUCCAGUCGAAUCCUGCACUGCAAUUGAUGGGAAAUCAUGGGCUGGUACUAUUAUUUCUCAGGAAGGGCGUUCAGGCUCUACUUACAAGAACAUUCCUUGGAUUUCUGUAAUCUUUGAAGGUGACUUGGCGAUCACCGCUGCUACCCACCUGAAGGAAAAUGAUACUGUAUAUGUAGCUGGGCACCUAAGUCCUGAUUACUUACCAAUCAAUUUGACUAAUGACCAAGUUAAGGUCCAGGUUAUGGCUCAUGAUUUACAUUUUGUUCGUAAAGUCCCUGAUAUGGAGAAAGAUGUUCGUACAUCAUAGCCAAAAUCUACCCGUACCUAAUCUUGUUGGAAAGGGUUAAUAUAAGCUUCCGCCUUAACUGAACCCAGCCCGGCCAGUGGAGAGAAGAUUGUGAUAGACUCGAGUCAGCUGAACUGAUAUCCGGAAACAACUGCCAUACGACAAGUUUGUUGGUUGUCACUGAAAUCUACCGAAUGCUCGUGAUCAUAUUGUACUUGAGGCGUAUAAUCAUGGUUCGAAUACUUAUACUGCUGAUUAAACGUCGUUAAAGUGGUGAAAAUAUUUGAUUGUUAUUUGGGAAGAUGAGUCACAUUUAUCUGAAUAACAAACAGAAAAGAUAGGCACCUUCAAUGUUUAGGAGUAAAUUUGAAAGUGAUGUACAUUUUCGGCCUAUUUAGUUAGUGGUACUAAAUGGUGGUAAUGAGAAUGAUUUAUAGUAUAAAGUUUCAUCAAAAGUUUCAUAUCAUUCCCAUGGUAAUGAAAUUUGAUCAUAAAAAAGUUUUUUUUAUUUAUAAAUUUCCAUUGCCAUUUAAUACCACCCCUUCAAUGGUAAUUCAUUGGAAUGAAUUUUAUGAGGAAAAUGAAAUGAUUGAAGUUGGCAAGCAUGGUCAUCAAGAUAGCCAAGAGAGUUUUCAACUAAAAUCACAGUAAUUUUUCAUUUUCAUUACCACCUACCAAACGAGCCAUUUGAGUGUUAGUUAUGUUUGUAUUCCAAAUGAUGGAUUUUUAUUAUUUAGAAUGUGUUCUUUUUAUUGGUUUCCAAGGCCAUAAAUGCAGCUAUCAUUCAUGGGUUGUUUUGUGUCCACAUCUAAACCUUUGAAUGUGUGGUUUCUGUCAA